AUGAAGGUUUCUUCUCUACUCUCUCUUCUCGCCAUUUCUGCACUUCAGCUGCUGUCAGCUGUAGCACAGUCCAAUGUCACAGUUCUCGCAAAGGAUCCGCAAAUUGUGUAUGCGGGCGGUUGGACAAACCAAGAGAAUGGUCAAUACUUCUACGCUAACGGACCUGGGUCGUCAUUUUCUUUCUCGUUUACAGGGACAGCAGUCUAUUAUCAUUCUGUGAUAAAUCCGAACGGAGGAGUAGCAAGCAUUGUCCUGAAUAAUGGCUCUCCGACCCUUGUAGAUGAAUCAGAAAAUGCUUACGAAGGCGAAGCUCCUAUACCGGCUGUACUUUGGUCGAAGACCGAUCUGGAUGGUGAAAAAAACCAUGUACUGAAUGUAAGCUAUGUAGGCAGUGGAGUAUUAGGUGGUGCCUAUGUUGAGUUCUAUUAUCUUCAAUAUACAAGCUCGGGUAGCCAGACAAAUGAAACCGGAAGUGCAGGUCCGAUCUCAGUAAGUCCUAGCGGAGCUCAAGACUCGCCUUCGAUGAGCGGAACAUCCAACGGUGGUGCACCUACCGCCUCACUUAAAUCUUCAGCGAGCGCUGCCUCAUCCUCUCACUUUUCAAAUACAAGGGCUAUUAUCAUUGGUACUGUGGCUGGAGUGGGAGGCACCCUGAUCGUUGCAAGUGCGAUCAUGUUAUUCUUGUGUCGUAAAGGCUGUAGAUGGACUGCAAAGAUCAAUCAUACGCCAUCACCUUACAAUAUGAGCACUGUCGAGACUCUGCGACCCCUACGCAGGAAGACACCCGCAAUGUCUUCCCUUCCGCCGAAUGUCGAUCAGCCAUCCGCUCCCAACUCAUCUCGUCCUGACACACCUAGCGAGCUCCUCACCCCGGCUAAUGAAGACGGGCUGACGCCAGAAACACUCCCGUAUUCUUCUUAUAACGCGAGAGUGAUUAAGAUGAUGCAUAUUUUGGGAUCGUCUCGUUCCACUAGUCCACCAAAUGAGCACCACAUUACUCCUGGGCCUAGUGCUCUUCCGAGUCAUAGUCAGCCUCGUCAGGUGUCCUUGGUUGGUUCUGAUAGUUUAACUUACUUAUCUGAUCCACCGCCUGUGUAUGAUGGACGUAGGACAGCGUAG